GUUUAAAUGCGACUGUACGGCGCGUGCAAACAUUCUGACACGCAGCGCGCGAGCUGUACAGUAUGGCGUUUACACUGGUACUGGUGCUGGUCCUCGUGGGAGUUUUUUCCGCAGUGCUUUUACUUUACACUAGACGCAGGCAAAGAAACGAGCCUCCUCUGGAUAAAGGCAUGAUUCCUUGGCUUGGCCAUGCCCUUGAGUUUGGAAAAGAUGCUGCUAAGUUUUUAACACGCAUGAAAGAAAAGCAUGGAGACAUUUUUACAGUGUGUGUGGCUGGGCGUUAUGUGACUGUCCUGCUGGACUCCAAUUGCUAUGAUGCUGUGCUGGCAGACACCAAAUCCUUCGAUCUGACUCGCUAUAGCCAGCUUUUAAUGAGCAGAAUCUUCAAACUUCAAUUGCCUAAUCAUGACCCAGUAUCGGAGAGAAGCAAAAUGGACAAAUACUUUGCAGGCAAUCUGGCCCGACUCUGUAGCUCAAUGCAGAACAAUCUUCAGUUCGUGGCAUCUGUGAAUACACAGAAACCAACGGAAUGGAAAAAGGACAAACUUUUUGACUUCUGUUACAGCUUGCUUUUCAAGGCCGGAUAUCAAACCCUGUUCAGCACAGAGAAUAAUAAUAGUGCUGAAUUCACCGUGGUUUAUGAUGAGUUUCGGCAGUUUGACAAGAUUUUGCCCAAACUGGCGCGUUGUUCUGCAAAUAAAGAUGAGCUGAAAGUUGCCAGCACAGCACAAAAUCGACUAUGGGAACUGUUGUGUCCAAACUGGUUUUUCACGGAAGCAGUGGCCCAAUCCUGGAUACAGACCUACUUAGAGCACUUAGAAAAGCAGGGCUUGGACCUACAGACCCAGAGGCGAGCCCUGCUUCUCCAGCUGUGGGUUACACAGGGUAAUGCUGGCCCUGCAGCAUUUUGGAUGCUGGGCUUCUUGCUCACACACCCAAAGGCUCUGAAAGCAGUAAAUAAGGAACUGAUUAGCCUACAGCACCUCCCGCUGGACAAAAGAGAAACACCAGUAUUAAACAGCGUUCUGAGCGAGACGCUGCGCCUCAGAGCAGCUGCCCUUAUCACCAGAGAUGUGAUGCAGGACAAAAUUGUUCAUUUGAGCAGCGGCCAAGAAUAUACUCUACGGCAUGGAGAUCGCCUUUGUAUCUUCCCUUUACUCAGUCCUCAGAUGGAUCCUCAGAUCCAUUAUGAGCCAGAGAAGUUCAAGUUUGACCGCUUCUUAAAUUCUGAUGGAAAAAAGAAGAGCAAUUUCAGUAAAGAGGGAAAGCAGAUUGAUGGUAGCUUGCCAUGGGGAGCAGGGAGCAAUUUGUGCCCAGCACGUGAUUUUGCUUCUUGUACUUUAAAAAGGUUUGUGCUCAUGAUUCUUACACACUUUGACCUGGAGCUGUGUGACUGUAAUGCACGGAUGCCACAGGUGGACCCCAACCGUUAUGGUUUUGGAAUUCUCCAACCAGAUGGGGAUUUGGAAAUCCGCUAUAAACUCAAAAAACCACUUGCAUAAUGUAAAACUAGAGUCAAAACUAAUUAAAAUAAUGUAGCAUCAUUGUAUUUAAGCAUCUGAUAUUAUUAUUACUUGCUGUUUUUGUGACGUCAUUAUAUCACCUGUUCUUCUUCUUCUUCUUCUUCUUUCGGCUUCUCCCAUUUGGGGUCGCCACAGCGGAUCAUCCGUCUCCAUACCCCCAUGUACUCUACAUCUGUCUUUUUCAAACCAACUACCUGCAUGUC